CGUCAAUGAUAUGCAAAUUACUAUUGGAGUAGUUUUUCUCUCACCAAUAACGGUAGCUCAUUACGUGUUUUACUUGUAAUUAAAUUGAUGAGCUCAGGACUAAAGUAAUGACAGUAUGUUGGGGAAUAAAUCCACAAGGCAAGUGUUGACGUUAGCCUAACUAGGGGCGGGGGCGGACCAUGCCUGAUCUCACCCUGAGUUGAUGUUUGCCCGGGGUGUGUAGGGGACCCUCACAAGAUGGCCGCCAUGCCACUCGGCCCAUGAGCAGUGGAUGGCUAGCACCAAUGCCAGACACGAUGGAAGCCACCUCGCCCGGAUCUGACCCCACCCUCCACGACGUCACCUGGUCGACGGCGCACGGUUUCUUUGGCGACCUUGACCUGGAUUUUAACACCUGGAUGCUGACGGGUCUGAACACGAGCAACUUGACCGAGGUGGGGGUCUACGGCCCUGCCCUGCAGGACGGGCAGCCCUCCGUGUGGGACGACCUGUGGCGGGGCAUACCCCUGGGGAUCGUACUGGCCUGCCUGUGUCUGCUCACCACGGUGGGGAACAUCCUCGUCCUGCACGCUGUACGCACAGAGAAACGUCUGCAAACCGUGAGCAACCUAUUCAUCGUGAGCCUGGCUGUCGCUGACGUCAUCGUCGGCAUCAUCGUCAUGCCCAUGAGCGCCUUCUACAUCUUCACGGAGCGCUGGAUGCUGGGCGUGGCCGUCUGCCAGAUCUGGAUAGGGGUGGACUACACCGCCAGCACCGCCUCCAUCCUCAACCUCUUCAUCCUCAGCCUAGACCGCUACUGGUCGGUCCGCCAGCCGCUCAAGUACCUGCACAAGCGGACCAAGCGGCGGGCCAUGAGCAUGAUCGGGUUCGUGUGGGUCGUCUCCUCCCUGUGGAUCAUCCCCAUCUCUAGCUGGCACUACUUCGCCCACAGCGGGCUCCGGACCGUCCCCAACGACAAGUGCGACACGGAGUACGCUAAAAACUCCUUAUUCAAGCUCAUCACGGCUUUUUUUAAUUUUUACCUCCCCUUGUCUGUGAUGUAUAUACUCUACUUCCGGAUAUUCAUCGCGAUACGAAAGCGCUCGGAGUUCGAACUAGGUCAGCGUAACCCAGGCGGAACGGUGCUCGCGUACAAGUCAAACGUUCCAAACUCUAUGGACGAGAGUGAGUGUAACGAUGACGUGUCCGUGUGUAUGGAUCACCGCUUGUCUUCUGACGUCAGGCCCAGGGAGAAUGGAAUCUCAAGGUCACACGUGACGUCAUCGGGCCGGAGUCUGCGCGUGCUGGCCAUGAAGCGUCACACGACGCCAUGUUCGUUCAAAGAGUCGAGCGCGUCGCCGUACAAAGUAGAGUACAUCUACGACGAGAACGUCAUUGACCCCCAAACGGAAAAGAUCGAACGCUACUACUACGAGGACCACUAUCCGCUCCCGUGUCUUUCCCGCCCCACGUGGAUUGUGGGUAGUGAAAAGUUUACAUCCAAUCACCGACAGGGGCGUGUGAGGAACGCUCGUGAUUUCGCCACGCCCAUCAAACUUCCGGCAGGUUCGUCCGUGAGCGGCCCGGCCCCCAAAGACCAGCACCACCCCGGGUACCUGACCGUCGGGUACAAGCACAGCGCCGUCGUGAAGCGCAGCAUCUUCCGCCGUCAGAGGAACAGCAACACGGCCGUUCUCAGCAGCAUCAAACUAGAGAGCUACCGGAAAUACGACAGCGAGGAGACGUCAUUUCCGCCCUCGACGGCGUUCAGCGAACCCUUAAACAUCUCCUCGUCGUCUUCGUCGUCUGCCAGCACUUUCGGCGACGACAGGCGCAGCAACGACGACCGCCGCGACAACAUCCGGGCCGACCCUCACAAGAACCACCGGGACAACUACACCGUGGUGGGCGGGGUACGCAAACUCCGGCAGGUGGAGACGUACCUAGACAAGACGGCUGGGCUGGGUCUCGCAUCCAGCGCGAGUAUAGACGGCUCCACCUCCAGGAACGGGGACGACUUUGACGGAAUUCUCGUCCUACACGACGACAAAAACCGUCGGCUGACCAGCGGCGUGACGGGGAUUAAGGAACGGAUUAAAACAAUCCGUCAGAGCUCCUCGCUCAACAAGGAGAUCAAGGCCGCACGCCAGCUGGGGGUCAUCAUGGGGGCGUUCACCCUCUGCUUCCUGCCCUACUUCAUUCUAUUUUUAGUCGUCGCCUUCUGCGACAACUGCGUCCGGCCGGGUCACCUGACGGCCGCCACCUGGGUCGGGUACCUCAACUCGACCCUCAACCCCUUCCUCUACCCCCUGUGCAAUGUCAACUUCCGGAACAAAUUUCGCAGCAUGUUCGCCUGCUGCAGUAGGGGCAGGUUACGUCACAGGGCGGGGCAGCAGGAGUACUGUGAGCGCAACACGGCGUUUAACUCGAGAUACGAUUAACGCACGGCGUUUAACGGUUAACGCCCCUGUCAACAUAUGCCUAUACAUCAUCUUUAGCUCCGACAGUUGGAUACCAUCUACACCUACGACACCUGCUCAUCAACUACAGCUUCGACAGCUGUACAACAUAUACAGCUUCGACAGCUUUACACAAUCUACUGCUCCGAUAGCUGUACACCACCGACACCUUUGGCACCUAGAUACCAUCUACAGUUUUUUAAGUAUGUAUAAAUAAAUAUUCCCUGCACAAUUUUUGUACAACAAAAACUGUUAUAUAAUGAUAAUUGUCAAAAGAUAUUUUUGUGAUAAAUCGAAGAGAAAUUGAGGUUGAAAGAUUGUUCAUCUACAUCAGGGGUCUCCAAACUACGGCCCGCGGGCCGGAUGCGGCCCUCGAAGUCCUCUCACCCGGCCCGAGGAGAUCUUUUUGUCCAAGGAAAAAUUGUUUGUUGGUGAUGGCUGAGGAACUUUGCCCAGAAAAAUCAAAGACAUGCCUGGAAUAAACUGGCCCCCGAACUGAAAUUUGAUUGUUAAUGCGGCCCUCGGACUAAAAAGUUUGGAGACCCCUGAUCUACAUUGUAGGUAUAAGAGUAUUUGGCGAGAGGGGGGCUAAAUAGUCAAGAACACAUGCAGUCUUGUGUGGG